AUCGACGCCAGCAAGGCCGAGCUCCCCACCUUUUCUUUCCAGCCACGCGCCUCAUGCGAACGUUUUCAACCACAUCAGCCUUGAACGCCCUGAGCCACCAUCAAGUUUGAUACCUCUAACUUUUGCGCAAACGUCGUCUUUCGCUGCUCUCUCUCUCUCUCUCUCUCUCUCUCCCCCCCUCUCUCUCGCUCUGUCUUGUGUCUACUUUUUGCUCUUGCUACCCUGUUCCUUUUUCUUCCUCUUUCCUUUGUCUAGUAGGUAUACUUGUCCCGACGCCCCGACGCCCAUCAUCCCAGUGCCUUCAUUUUCCCCAGAGGGUCCACCAAGCAGCCUCGAAAGACAUCUUCUCCACCCACACACACAAUCCUUCCCUCUUUGGCCUUGUCACUGGCCCAUCGCGACGACGACACACAGCGCGCGCUCCACAGCACAGCGCCUCUCUCUCAAUCGCAGAGCUCAGUUUUACCUUUGAUCCAAGCUCAAGAUCUCAGCGCUGUCUUUUUUCGUCUCGUUCCUCUGUCUGCCGCUGGCCUUUCCGCAAAACCACGUCACGCGACACCUGAUCUUCUUCCAUUCUUCCAUCCCCAACCUCCAAAGCAUCAAUUGAUGCGCCUUGCGACACCGACACAAUGUCAGCACCAUUGACGGAUGAGGAGACCACAGAGUACAGCCGAAUCAUUGACGGCAUCCUUGCCGCCGCCGACCUCCAGACAGUUACCAGGAAAAAGAUUCGCCAAGGACUAGAGGCUGCGAUUGAGAAGGAUCUGAGCGAUCAAAAAGAAGCAAUCAAGAAGCUCAUAGAAGCGCGUUUCGACGCCGUAUCCGCCAACAAUGCCGAUGCAACGCCUCCCGAAACGAAUGGUUAUUCUCCAGAGGAUGGAGGCGAGGAUGGAGAGAUCCAAGUCUCGCUGCAGCCAGCCAAGAAAAAGGUGAAGCGCGAGAGCUCCAGUGAGGAUGCCGACCGUCGCCUCGCCGCCGAACUUCAGGCUCAAGAGAACGCACUUUCAAGAGCCCGUGUCACGCGCGGAGCUGGCACCACGAAACCAAAAGCAAAGCCUAAGGCCAAGGCUGCCAAGAAAAAGAGCGCCAAACGCGUGAGGUCCGAUGAUGACAGCGAGGUCGAGGACGGCGAGGAAAAGCCAAAGAGAAAAGCCGGAGGAGGCUUUCAAAAGCCGUUUAAUCUCAGCGAGGCUCUUGCGGAUGUGUGUGGCGAGCCACAGUUGUCUCGCCCACAGGUGGUCAAGAAGCUCUGGGACCAUAUCAAAGCCAACGAGCUCCAGGACCCCAACGACAAACGCAACAUUAACUGUGACGAAAAGCUGAGGGCUGUCUUCAGGCAGGACAAGAUCAACAUGUUCUCCAUGAACAAGCUCUUGGGCAGCCAGCUCUACCCCAUCGAGGAGGCCUAGAGGCGGAUAUGUUUUGGAUUUUUUCUUUUCCUUGUGAGGCAGGCGGGGCGCGCAUAGCAUAUCGUCCUGAGAUUGAUCUUAUUUCUCUUGGCUCAGGAUUUAUGCCUCGUUUAUGGCUGGCAUGGAUACGGUUGGGCGUCUCGUGUUUAUUUUACGGCAUAUUUCAGUCUUUUUUCUUUUUUACCCCGGACGACUUCGAUCUUGGCCUGUGCUUUACUCGUCAGAGGGUUGGCUCACUGGAUUCUGAAGGUUGAAUGGGACACAGCAGGCAUAGGAUGGUUAACGGAUUGGAGCACAAAUACUUUUUCCGGCGUCGUAUGGAUCUGGCGCUUGGCUCACAUUCCAUGGUCUUUGUUUACACCCCUUCGAGCCUGAUUUUCUAUGAUUUGUUGAAGCGGAAAAUAGCGACAGUUCAGCGGGACAAGCUUGGGGAUCGCAUGGGUACUUUUGGACGUGGUAAAAACGUCUGGGCCGGGUGUGUCUGAGUGGAACAACCGUUGAACUGUGUGGGGGGUUUGUUGCCACCAUUAGUAGGGUCAAUGGCCAGCAAGGAGCAGGGAGGUGCUCUGAACAUUGGCCAUCUUGUUUACAUGAAUUACCAUAGUGCUAAUGUUGGAAGCGGUUGGCUUGAACAAACAGAGGAUAUUGAUGUUCAUUAUCGGCAGGGUGCAUUUCUGUGAUAUGGCGGCUGUACAAGUGCCACACCACA